AUGCCAUUAUCUUCCUCAUCUCUUUUAAUGAGAUAUAUUCUUGGAUCUCUUAAGGUGACACAAACUAGAAAAUUAACAGCAUGACACCAGCAGAAAGGUUUAUUUCCAGCUGUGUUGAAUCUGGCCACAAAUGCACUCAUCACCACCAAUGCCACCUGUGGAGAACGAGGCCCUGAAAUGUAUUGCAAGCUGGUAGAACACGUCCCUGGGCAACCUGUGAGGAAUCCCCAGUGUCGAACUUGCAAUCAGAACAGCAGUUUUGCAUACCAGAGGCACCCAAUCACGAAUGCAAUUGAUGGCAAAAACACUUGGUGGCAGAGUCCCAGUAUUAAGAAUGGCAUUGAAUACCAUUAUGUGACCAUUACACUGGAUUUGCAGCAGGUGUUCCAGAUUGCAUACGUAAUUGUGAAAGCAGCAAACUCACCACGACCUGGAAACUGGAUUUUGGAACGCUCUCUAGAUGGUGUUGAAUACAAACCAUGGCAGUACCAUGCUAUCACUGACACAGAAUGUUUAACCCGCUAUGGCAUUUAUCCACGCACUGGCCCGCCAUCAUAUGCAAAAGAUGAUGAAGUGAUAUGUACUUCAUUUUAUUCCAAGAUCCACCCACUGGAAAAUGGAGAGAUCCACAUAUCUCUGAUCAAUGGAAGACCCAGUGCUGAUGACCCUUCCCCAGAACUACUGGAAUUCACCUCAGCUCGCUAUAUACGCCUGAGAUUUCAGAGAAUUCGGACCUUGAAUGCAGAUUUGAUGAUGUUUGCCCACAAAGACCCAAGGGAAAUAGACCCCAUUGUUACAAGAAGAUAUUACUAUUCAGUCAAGGAUAUUUCUGUUGGAGGGAUGUGCAUCUGCUAUGGUCAUGCCAGGGCUUGUCCACUUGAUCCAUCAACAAAUAAAUCUCGUUGUGAAUGUGAACACAAUACUUGUGGUGAUAGCUGCGAUCAGUGCUGUCCAGGAUUUCACCAAAAACCUUGGAAAGCAGGGACUUUUCUUACCAAGACCGAAUGUGAAGCAUGCAAUUGUCAUGGGAAGGCUGAAGAAUGCUAUUAUGAUGAAAAUGUUGCCAGCAGAAACCUGAGCUUGAAUAUCCAUGGCAAGUACAUUGGAGGUGGUGUAUGCAUUAACUGUACUCAGAACACCACAGGCAUCAACUGUGAGACUUGUAUUGAUGGCUUCUUCAGACCUAAAGGGGUAUCACCAAAUUAUCCAAGUCCAUGCCAACCAUGCUAUUGUGAUCCAAUUGGAUCUAUACAUGAAAUCUGUGUUAAAGAUGAGAACCAUGCCAGAAGAGGUUUAUUCCCUGGAUCUUGCCAUUGCAAACAUGGCUUUGAAGGAGUCAGAUGUGAUCGGUGUGCUCGGGGUUAUACUGGUUACCCUGACUGUGUACAGUGCAAUUGUAGUGGGGCAGGAAGCACAAAUGAUGACCCUUGUAUUGGACCCUGUAACUGCAAGGAAAAUGUCGAAGGCAGAGACUGCAGUCAUUGCAAAGUGGGCUUCUUCAAUUUACAAGAGAAUAAUCACAAGGGCUGUGAGGAAUGCUUCUGUUCAGGAGUGUCAGAUAGAUGUCAAAGCUCCCGCUGGACCUAUAGCAAUAUAAAUGACAUGAAUGACUGGUAUGUUACUGAUGUAUCUGGUCUCCUGAGAGUUGCACCUCAUCAUGACACUGAUCAGUCCCAGCAACUUAGCAUCAAGAGCAAAGAUGCAAGAAGAAAACUAUCACAAAUCUAUUACUGGAGUGCACCUGGAUCAUAUUUAGGCAAUAAAGUGACAGCAGCUGGAGGGCAAUUGAAAUUUACUAUAUCUUAUGACCUCACAGGAAAGGAAGAAGAUCUAGAAAAUGUGCUGCAGUUCAUGGUCAUCCUAGAGGGAAAUGACUUACGAAUCAGCACACCCCAAGAAGAAAUCUACCUGUCACCAUCUGAAGAAUAUCGUCAUGUUGUGUUACUUCAUUCAGAAUUAUUUAAUGUGCACGGCACUGGAUCUCAAGUCAGUAGAAAGGAAUUUAUGACCAUCUUGGCAAAUUUAAAGAGACUUCUCAUACAAGCCACAUACAUCCUUGGGAUGGAUGCCAUCUUCAGGUUGGAAGCUGUUGUUCUUGAAUCUGCUGUGCCAUAUCCCACUGACGGAGACCUUGCAGAGGCAGUGGAGUUUUGUCAGUGCCCUGCAGGGUAUAGUGGCUCCUCUUGUGAGUCUUGUUGGCCUGGGCAUAGACGAGUUAAUGGUACCAUUUUCGGUGGCAUCUGUGAACCAUGUCAGUGCUUUGGCCAUGCAGAGACGUGUGAUGACAUCACAGGAGAAUGUCUGGGAUGUAAAGAUAACACAGGUGGUCCAUAUUGUGAUAGAUGUCUUCCUGGUUUCUAUGGUGAUCCUUCUAAAGGAACAGCUGAUGACUGUCAGCCUUGUGCCUGCCCCUUAAAUAUACCAUCUAAUAACUUCAGUCCAACCUGCCACUUAGACUGGAGUCGAGGAUUGAUAUGUGAUGAAUGUCCUGUCGGGUACGCAGGACCACGCUGUGAGAGGUGUGCAGAAGGCUAUUUUGGACAACCUUCUAUACCUGGAGGAUCAUGUCAGCCAUGCCAAUGCAAUGACAACCUUGACUUCUCCAUCCCGGGCAGCUGUGACAGCUUGUCUGGCUCUUGUCUGAUAUGUAAGCCAGGUACAACAGGACGCUAUUGUGAGCGCUGUGCUGAUGGAUAUUUUGGAGAUGCAGUUGAUGCAAAGAACUGUCAGCCAUGUCGCUGUAACCUCAAUGGCUCAUUCUCAGAAAUUUGUCAUACAAAGACGGGACAAUGUGAAUGUAGACCCAAUGUUCAAGGACUUCGAUGUGAUGAGUGUCAGCCUCAAACCUUUGGCCUACAAUCCUCCCAGGGCUGUGUUCCCUGCAACUGCAAUUCCUUUGGAUCCAAGUCUUUUGAUUGUGAAGAGAGUGGGCAAUGCUGGUGCCAGCCUGGGGUGGCAGGAAAGAAAUGUGACCGGUGUGCCCAUGGCUAUUUUAAGUUUCAAGAGGGAGGUUGUACUCCCUGUGAGUGUGCCCAUCUGGGUAAUAACUGUGACCCAAAUACUGGCCAAUGUAUUUGUCCUCCUAAUACCAUUGGAGAAAAGUGCAAUAAGUGUGCACCUAACUCUUGGGGCCAUAGCAUCAUCACUGGCUGCAAGGCUUGUAAUUGUAGUUUGGUGGGAUCAUUUGAUUUCCAAUGUAAUGUAAACACUGGCCAAUGCUCCUGCCACCCAGAGUUCUCCGGCACAAAAUGUACUGAAUGCAAUUUGGGCCAUUGGAACUAUCCUCAUUGUAACCUGUGUGACUGCUUCCCGGCCGGGACAGAUGGAUCAACUUGCAACUCAGAAACUGAAAAAUGUGCAUGCCUUAAUCACAAUGGACAGUGCACUUGUAAGGUGAAUGUGGAAGGUGUCCACUGCGACAGGUGCCGGCCCGGCACAUUUGGACUUGAUGCCAAGAACCCACUUGGCUGCAGCAGCUGCUAUUGCUUUGGCACAACUACCCAGUGCACUGAAGCAAGGGGACUGAUCCGUAUGUGGGUAACACUGACCCCUGAACAGACCAUCCUGCCACUGGUGGAUAAAGCCCUCCAACACACAACUACCAAAGGAAUUGUUUUUCAGCACCCAGAAAUUGUUGCAGACAUGGAACAGGUGGGAGAAGAUCUCCGUCUUGAACCUUUUUACUGGAAACUUCCAGAACAAUUUGAAGGGAAGAAGCUUAUGGCCUAUGGUGGCAAGCUGAAGUACACAAUCUACUUUGAAGCUCGAGAAGAAACAGGAUUUUCUACCUAUAACCCACAAGUUAUAAUUCGAGGUGGUACUCCUGCUCGUGCUAGAAUUAUCAGCCGAUAUAUGGCGGCUCCUCUAAUUGGACAACUGACAAGGCAUGAAAUAGAAAUGACAGAGAAUGAAUGGAAAUAUUAUGGUGAUGACCCACGCACAAGUAGAAUGGUGACACGUGAGGACUUCUUGGAUGUACUCUAUGACAUUCAUUACAUUCUUAUCAAGGCUACUUAUGGGAAUAUCAUUCGGCAAAGCAGAAUUUCUGAGAUUGCAAUGGAAGUAGCUGAAGAAGGAGCUGUAUCAGCAUUAAGUUCAAGAGCUCGCUUGAUUGAAAAAUGUGACUGUCCCCUGGGUUAUUCUGGCUUGUCCUGCGAGGCUUGCAUGCCAGGAUUUUAUAGAUUGCCUUCUGAACCUGGUGGCCGGAUACCUGGACCAAGCCUGGGCACCUGUGUUCCCUGUCAGUGUCAUGGACACAGCGAUACCUGUGAUGCUGAAACCUCCAUAUGUCAGAACUGUCAGCACCACACUGCUGGCGACUUUUGUGAAAGAUGCGCUCUUGGAUACUAUGGAACUGUCAAGGGACUGCCAAAUGACUGUCGACAAUGUGCCUGCCCACUCAUCACUUCUAGCAACAAUUUUAGCCCUUCUUGCAUCCCAGAAGGACUCGAUGACUAUCGAUGUACAGCUUGCCCACGUGGAUAUGAAGGCCAGUACUGUGAAAGAUGUGCCUUUGGCUACACUGGCAGCCCAAGCAGUCCAGGAGGCUCCUGCCAAGAAUGUGAGUGUGAUCCAUAUGGCUCCCUGCCUGUCCCCUGUGACCCAGUCACUGGACAUUGCACUUGCCGACCCGGAGCCACAGGACAGAAGUGUGAUGGCUGCAAGCCCGAGCAUGCGCGUGAUGGCAUGGAGUGUGUUUUUUGUGGUGAUGAAUGUACAGGACUCCUUCUCGGUGACUUGGCUCGCCUUGAGCAGAUGGCUGUUAGCAUCAACCUUACUGGCCCACUGCCGGCACCAUAUAAAAUGCUAUACAAUUUUGAAAAUGUGACUCAGGAGCUAAAGCACUCAUUGUCACCUCAGCGGGCACCCGAGAGACUUCUUCAACUGGCAGAGAGCAAUCUGAAUACGUUAGUGACAGAAAUGGAUGAACUUCUCACUAGGGCUACCAAGGUGACAGCAGAUGGCAAGCAGACUGGGCAGGAUGCUGAGCGAACCAACACGAGAGCAAAGAUGCUAAGCGGAAUUGUUAAGGAAAUUGUCCAGGAUGCAGAAGCUGUAAAUGAAAAAGCCAUAAAACUAAAUGAAACUCUUGGAGCCCAAGACAAAGCCCUGGAGAAAAGCUUUCAAGAGCUACAGCAAGAGAUUGAUCAGAUGAUGGCGGAAUUGAGGCAGAAAAACCUAGAUAUGCAAAAUGAAGUUGCUCAGGAUGAGCUGGUAGCUGCUGAAGCCCUUCUGAGGAAAGUAAAAAAGUUAUUUGGAGAAUCCCGGGGGAAAAAUGAAGAGUUGGAAAAAGAAGUCAGGGACAAACUGAUGGAUUACCAAAGCAAAAUAGAUGAUGCCCAGGACCUGUUGAGAGAAGCCACAGAUAAAAUCAAAGAGGCUGAUCGCUUAUCUGAAACAAACCAAAAAAACAUGACUGAUCUGGAGAAAAAGAGACAAGCAGUUGAAAGCAGCAAACAAGAAGCUGAGAACACAUUAAAAGAGGGCAAUGACAUACUUGAUGAAGCCAACCAUCUUGCUGAUGAAAUCAAUUCUGUGAUAGAUUUUGUUAAAGACAUUCAGGAAAAGUUGCCACAAGAAUCUGAAGAUCUUAAGGAUAAAAUAGAUGAUCUGUCCCAAGAAAUCAAGGAUAGAAGGCUUCCAGAGAAGGUGUUACAGGCUGAAGAUCAUGCCGCCCAGCUAAAUGAAUCAUCUGCAGUCCUUGAUGGAAUCCUUGAAGAGGCUAAAAACAUCUCCUUCAAUGCUACUGCAGCCUUCAAAGCUUACAGCAACAUCAAAGACUACAUUGAUGAAGCUGAGAGGGUUGCCAAGGAAGCCAAAGGUCAUGCAAAUGAAGCCACACAACAGGCAUCUGGUCCUCAGGGUUCUUUAAAAGAUGAUGCCAAGGGCUCUCUUCAGAAAAGCUUCAGAGUUCUUAAUGAAGCUAAGAAGCUAGCAAAUGAUGUUAAAGAAAAUGAUGAUCAUCUGAAAGGUUUGAAAAACAGACUGGAGAAUGCUAAUGAAAAGAAUGGUGAUCUCCUGAAAGGUUUGAAUGACACACUAGGAAAGUUAUCAGCCAUUCCAUCUGAUACAGCUGCAAAACUGCAAGCUGUAAAAGACAAAGCGAGACAAGCCAAUGAUACAGCAAAAGAUGUCCUGGCCCAGAUUAAAGAUCUCAACCAGAACCUUGCAGGCCUGAGGAACAAUUACAACAAACUGGCAGAUGAUGUCGCCAAGACAAAUGCUGUGGUGAAAGACCCUGCCAAGAACAAAAUCAUUGCAGAUGCAGAUGCUACUGUUAAAAAUCUCGAGCAAGAAGCUGAUCGGUUGAUAGAUAAACUCAAGCCAAUCAAGGAGCUUCAGGAUAAUCUGAAAAAAAAUAUCUCUGAGAUAAAAGAGUUGAUAAACCAAGCCCGGAAACAAGCCAACUCUAUCAAAGUCUCUGUGUCUUCUGGAGGUGAUUGCAUUCGAACAUACAGGCCAGAAAUCAAGAAAGGAAGCUACAAUAACAUCAUUGUCAACGUGAAGACAGCAGUUGCUGAUAAUCUACUUUUUUAUCUUGGCAGUGCCAAGUUUACUGAUUUUCUGGCCAUAGAAAUGCGAAAGGGGAAAGUGAGCUUCCUCUGGGAUGUCGGCUCUGGAGUUGGACGUGUAGAAUAUCCCGAUCUGACCAUCGAUGACUCAUAUUGGUACCGAAUUGAAGCCUCAAGAACUGGGAGGAAUGGAACUAUUUCUGUUAGAGCUUUGGAUGGUCCCAAAGCCAGCAUCCUACCAAGCACAUACAAUUCAAUCUCCCCGCCGGGAUAUACAAUUCUAGAUGUGGAUGCAAAUGCAAUGCUCUUUGUUGGUGGUUUGACUGGGAAAUUAAAGAAGGCUGAUGCUGUACGAGUCAUUACCUUCACUGGAUGUAUGGGUGAAACUUAUUUUGACAGCAAACCCAUAGGCUUGUGGAACUUCCGAGAUAUAGAAGGUGACUGUAAAGGAUGCACUGUCAGUCCACAGGUAGAAGACAGUGAGGGUACUAUCCAGUUUGAUGGAGAAGGCUAUGCUUUGGUCAGCCGCCCCAUUCGCUGGUACCCCAAUAUAUCCACAGUCAUGUUCAAGUUCAGGACCUUUUCUUCAAGUGCUCUGCUGAUGUACCUUGCCACCAGAGACCUGAAAGAUUUUAUGAGUGUAGAACUCACUGAUGGACACAUAAAAGUCAGUUAUGAUCUGGGUUCAGGCAUUGCUUCUGUUAUCAGCAACCAAAACCAUAAUGAUGGGAAAUGGAAAUCCUUCACCCUGUCAAGAAUUCAAAAACAAGCCAAUGUCUCUAUUGUAGACAUAGAGACUAACCAGGAGGAGAACAUAGCAACAACAUCUUCAGGAAAUAAUUUUGGCCUUGACUUGAAAGCAGAUGACAAGAUAUAUUUUGGUGGUUUGCCAACCCUGAGAAACCUGAGUAUGAAAGCCAGGCCUGAAGUAAACUUGAAGAAAUAUUCUGGAUGUCUCAAAGAUAUUGAAAUUUCACGAACACCAUAUAAUAUACUUAGUAGCCCUGAUUAUGUUGGCGUGACUAAAGGAUGUUCACUUGAGAAUGUAUACAUUGUUAGUUUUCCCAAGCCUGGAUUUGUAGAGCUUUCACCAGUACCAUUUGAUGUUGGCACAGAAAUCAACCUUUCCUUCAGCACCAAAAAUGAGUCUGGGAUUAUUCUACUGGGAAGUGAUGGACCUAACACCUCACCAAGGAGAAAACGCAGACAGACUGGACAGGCCUAUUAUGCCAUAUUCCUGAACAAAGGACGCCUGGAAGUGCAUCUCUCCACUGGGGUGAGGACCAUGCGCAAGAUCGUGGUCAAGCCUGAGCUGAUCCCUUUCCAUGAUGGGAGAGAACAUUCCAUUCACGUGGAAAGAGCAAGAGGCAUGUUUACUGUCCAAGUGGAUGAAGACAGAAAGCAUAUGCAGAACCUGACAGCAGAACAAUCUAUUAGCAUUAAAAAACUAUUUGUGGGAGGCUCUCCAUCUCAAUUUCAACCUUCCCCACUCAGAACUAUACCUCCUUUUGAAGGCUGUAUAUGGAAUCUUGUCAUUAAUGCCAUCCCAAUGGACUUUGCUGAAUCUGUGUCCUUCAAAAAUGCGGACAUUGGUCGCUGUCUAGAUCACAAACCUGGUGAAGAAGAAGUUCCUUCAGAACAAAUUAUUUUCCCACCUGAUUCUGGCCUUCAGGAGAAGGAGACCACACCAGCUUUUCCACUCCCCUCUCCACCGCCUACACCUGCUCUUUCUCAUGGACCCUGUGCUGCAGAUACAGAACCAGCUCUUUUGAUAGGGAGCAAGCAGUUUGGACUUUCAAAAAAUAGCCAUAUUGCAAUUGCUUUUGAUGACACCAAAGUUAAAAACAGCCUCACAAUUGAAUUUGAAAUACGGACUGAAGCCGAAUCGGGUUUGAUGUUUUACAUGGCUCGGAUCAACCAUGCUGAUUUUGCAACAGUCCAGCUGAAGAAUGGCAUGCCCUAUUUCAGCUAUGAUCUUGGGAGUGGUAACACUAGCACAAUGAUCUCCACCAAAAUCAAUGAUGGUCAAUGGCAUAAGAUUAAGAUCUUCCGGACCAAACAAGAAGGAAUCCUAUAUGUUGAUGGUGCUUCCAACAGGACAACCAGCCCCAAGAAAGCUGAUAUCCUGGAUGUUGUGGGGAUGCUAUAUGUUGGAGGGCUGCCCAUCAACUACACAACAAGAAGAAUUGGUCCAGUUGUCUAUAGUAUUGAUGGAUGCAUGAAGAAUCUUAAAAUGGCAGAGGCUCCUACAGACCUUGAAAAUCCAACCUCCAGCUUCAAUAUUGGCACAUGUUUUGCAAAUGCUCAAAAAGGGACAUAUUUUGACGGAACAGGUUUUGCCAAAGCAGUUGGAGCCUACAAAGUAGGAUUGGACCUUCUUGUGGAGUUUGAAUUCCGGACAACUAGAACCACUGGUAUUCUCUUGGGAAUCAGCAGCCAAAAAAUGGAUGGCAUGGGCAUUGAACUGGUGGAUGAAAAACUCAUGUUCCACGUGGAUAAUGGGGCAGGCUGGUUCACUGCUACUUAUGAUGCUGGUGUCCCCGGAACUUUGUGUGAUGGCCAGUGGCAUAAGGUGACUGCAAACAAAAUCAAACACCGACUAGAAUUGACAGUGGAUGGGAAUCAGGUGGCAGCUCAGAGUUCAAACACUGCAUCUACAUCAGCUGAUACAAAUGAUCCUGUCUUUGUCGGAGGGUACCCAGAUGGCCUCAAUUGGGUUGGUCUAAAAACCAAUAUCCCAUUCAGAGGAUGCAUCCGCUCACUGAAACUCACCAAAGGCACUGCCAAAGCUCUGGAAAUUAACUUUGCAAAAGCCUUGGAGCUAAAGGGUGUUCAGCCUGUAUCUUGCCCUGCCAACUAAUACAGAAAGCUUUAAAUCCCAAGUUGGGUUUUUGGAAACAAAUGUAUUAAGUAAGACAAAUAUGCUUUAUCUACAUAUAUGAAUAAAAAUUG